AUCCGACGGUAGUCGGUGCUCGGCAGGGGAAAUUCUAGGGUGUACACAGGAUCGCGUCUUCGUUAGUUUAUUUUAUACUCUCGCGCGCGCUCCCAGAAGCAAUUCGGCGGCGAUCUCGUUCUACCUUCUUCCUCGAGGGUCGGUCGAAAGAAGGAAGGCGUUCACGUGAAAAAUGAGCAAAUUGCAGAGUGAUGUUCUUAGGGAAGCUAUCUCUCAGGUGGUUGGUGAUUCUCGAGAGAAGAAGCGCAACUUCACUGAAACAAUUGAGUUACAAAUUGGUCUGAAAAAUUAUGAUCCUCAAAAGGAUAAGCGAUUCAGUGGCUCAGUGAAGCUUCCGCAUAUUCCACGCCCUAAAAUGAAAGUUUGCAUGUUGGGUGACGCACAACAUAUUGAGGAGGCAGAGAAGAUAGGACUUGAUUACAUGGAUGUUGAAAGUUUGAAAAAGAUGAACAAAAAUAAGAAGCUUGUGAAGAAGCUUGCUAAGAAGUACCAUGCUUUCCUUGCAUCAGAAGCUAUCAUUAAGCAGAUUCCUCGUCUUCUUGGUCCUGGUCUUAAUAAGGCAGGGAAGUUUCCCACAUUGGUUUCUCACCAAGAGACUUUGGAGUCUAAAGUCAAUGAGACGAAGGCAAUGGUGAAAUUCCAACUCAAGAAGGUCCUUUGCAUGGGUGUCGCUGUUGGCAAUGUUGCCAUGGAGGAAAAGCAGAUUUUUCAGAACGUGCAAAUGAGCGUGAAUUUACUCGUGUCGUUGUUGAAGAAAAACUGGCAAAAUGUCCGAUGCUUGUAUCUGAAGAGCACAAUGGGGAAACCCUAUCGCAUCUUCUAAAUCUUCGUAUGCCCGAGUUCGAGCUUGCCGUCUCAAGAUCGGACCUUUUAGCUGAAUGUUUUUCGGAUAUCAAAGCUAUCUUACAGUUAGUCAUUUGUUUGAUCAGUCUGAAAGAACAGCAACUAUUCUUCCUCCUCAACAUAGCUUUCUUUGCUUAA